AUGAAAGCGACAGCGAAGCAGAGCACAGCCCCCUCCCGGGCUGGACACACACGCCACAGCCCAGCCAGCAACGGCACCGAGGAUAAGGAGGACGAGUACGAUGACGGCGUUGUGCUGCUCACGUGUGACCUGGACCAGAUCACACCGUUUGUGGUCGACACGGCCGGCACACCAACACGCAUCACACGGUCGCAGUCGUUUCUCUCCUUCUUUGAAGCUGAGCGGGAGGAGCUUGAGGCAUCUGGUGACGACGAAGAUGGCGAUGGUGGUGACAAGGGAGGAGGUGGUGGGGUGCAGCAGCCGCAGGUGAGCGCUGGUUACGGCUUCCAGGAAGAGCUGUUGAGGCGGACAACACCUAUUGGCAGCGAGGACGCAGAGGUUGGCGACUCAUCUGACAACGCCCUUGCCAAUACAGACAUGGCAACGACAGGAGCGACUGCACCAGCAUCAUCAGAUACGACGACGACGACGACGACGACGACGACGACGACGACGGUACAGCCGGGCGCACACAUAACCGCCGCCGCCACCACCACCACCGCCACAGGUGCAGCAGCACCAACAGCAGCGGAGCUACUGCUCAACACACAGUCGACGCUGGCUGCCCCGGUGGGGCUGAGCGCAAGCGGGAAACUGACAAUCGCCAGUCCCCAGAGAGCAGCAGUGCAACAGCAGCAACAACAACAACAGCAGCAGCGACAACAACAAGCACAGCAGGAGCAAGCACAGCAGCGGCAGGAGCGCCGUGGUGGUGACAGUCGAUACGUUCGCCAACGCCGAGGCAGCGGUGCUCCAGGUGGCGGCGAUGCGGUGAACGUGUUUGUGUCCAGCGCCAGCGCCAGCGAGAGCGAGUGGGCGGUCUCGUUCGAGCAGGCGAAGCAGCGGCUGCGCAGCGGUUGCGUAUCGGGCACGCGCACGCGCACGCAGAGCGAACGGCUGGAGCGGUCAUCACUCCGUCAUGCGGCGAGUGCUGACGUCGACGUGCUGUUCGCUGGCCCCGGGAGCACAAGCAGCCUUGAUGACCCGCUCUCCACGGAUGGGCAGGGCAGCAGUGGGGAGGAUGAGGAGAUGAUGGAGGCAAAGGUGACGAAGGGCAGGACAAGGGACCAACGUCAUGUUGAUGACGAUGGUGAUGACGAUGGUGGUGACGGUGCACGGCUGUUGGAUGUGCUGCCAAGGACAGACAGCGGAGAGUACAGCUUGCCGCCAUCUGCUGCCGGCGCAUUCACCCGCGCAGUGAAACGCAAUACGAAGCCACAACCGUCUCAACACUCACAGGGGCAACGAGAGCAACGAGGACACCCCGGUCAAGGAGAGCAGCAACGGCGUGACAGGAAGCAGAAGAAAGGACGGAAGGGAAGGAGGGCCAAGGGGCUUCGGCGGAGCAGGGAGCAAGGUGACGGUGAUGAGGCAGCUCCACGCGUGACCAUGUUUGUGCAAGACAGCGAAGGUACCGACACGGACAACGGCAGUGGCAAGGAGGAUGUGUUUGUGAGCGGCGGUGAUCGGACUGGAAACCGCGCUGGAGUCAAUGUGCAACACGGUGCAGGGGCGAGGGAAAGGCAGCAGCAAGGCACCAUCACGACCACAAGCACGAGCACAAAAACAACACCAACAGCAACAACAAUGACGGCAAUGGCUGUGGUGGUGAGCAGCAGCGCUGAGGAGCACGGCGAUGUGAGAGCAACACGAAGAGAAGGCAAAGCGAAAGCACCAAACCAGACGGCAACGGCGAACACAACGACCAUUGGCGUCAACACUGGACUAUCGCUGCUUCACCGCACACCUGAACCCGGUACACCCGCUCACCCCCGAAAUGGCGGUGGUGGUGGGGGCAGCGGCGGUCGUGAUGACGAUGGUGCUACUGAUGGUGUGCGCAGCAUUGAUGGGGAUUUGCUUCUGAGCGGUGAUGAAGACGCUGAUGGGGCCGAAGAUGGUGGCGUUGAGCGCACGCGGCGUGGUGGUGCUCGUGGUCGUGAUCGUGGUGGUGCUCGUGGUGGCGGCAGUGGCGGUGGCGGCGGCAGUGGUGAUCGUGGUCAUGAUGGUGGGGAUGUGACCACGGGUGCAACGACUAAGCAGGGCAGACGGCUUGACUGGAGCAUGGCGCUGUUUACAGACGAGAGCAUGACAGAGCGGGAGCGCGAGCAUGUUGAACAACACGAGCACAGCAAGAGCCUGGCCUUCUUUGCACAGCUGCGCUCGCUGCUUCCCUCUGGUGAGGAAGCAAUUGCACGCCGGGAGAGGGAAGGUGGUACUGGGGCGAAGGCCGAAAAGCCGAAGCGCAAGGAGCCGCGGUACACACACGGCACGGACAAGUGGUUGGGGAAGAAGUUCUACUUUGGAACGGACCAUCCAUCCGAGGACGAAUUGCGCAAGAAGGAGGACUUGGCAGCGCAGGCGCGCGACACGAACCGGCGCAAUCGCCAGCGCCAGCAGUCUGUGCGCCGCAGCCGCAGCCAAGACGACCUGUCCUCCCACACGGAGGGCGAUGAACAGGACUUGGUGUCGUGGGCACGCGCGCACAACGCGGUCACCACGUCAGAUGACGACGACGACGAUGAUCAUGAUGAUCGCGAAGAUCUUGGUGAUGGUUUCGGGGAUGUGUUGCUGCCGUCAGGCCGUGUGUCUGCUGCCUCAACGUUUUCCACAGCAUCGUCGAGCGAAGGCAGUGGUGGUGGUGGUGGUGGUGGUGGCGAUGGGGCGUCCAGGGAGACACGGCAGCGCACGCGACGAAAGGCGAAGAACAAGAACAAGAAGAAGAGGAAGAAACAGAAACGCUCGCGAGGGAAGACAGAGGCAGCAACAACGGCAGCAGUGACAGCAACAGCAGCAAGAAGAAGAACAAAGACAGAAGAGGUGAAGGGUGAUGAUGCGACUCCGGCUGCGGCUUGCAAUGCCGAGAAAGGGCAGAAGAAGGCGGUGGUCACGCGCGUUGCUGGCACACAGACGAGCAUUUUCCUGCAGUAUCCACACUACUUUAUCACUGACUAUCUGGACACGGAGGAGCUGGCGCUGCGGCCCUUUGUUCCGGGCCUGCAACCCGCUGGGCCUGACUUGCUAUCGCUGACGGCAUACCGCUCCAUGGUGUAUGCGGAGCACGCGGGGGGAGGACUGCUUGUCCCAACCACGGAGGACCUACUCGACAUGUUUCCGCCAAAGGCCCGCAAGGCAUUGGCUCGGACGGGAGCGACGACGUCGCACCACCUGCUGCUCGCCUUCUGCCGGCUGUGCCCGUACAUGGACGGUACACACACGGUGGAGGAGGUGAUGCGUCUGGAGGGCAUGUCGCACACACUCAUGUACCAGGUCCUCAGCGGAUUCAGGGAAUUUAUCACCCAGGUCGACUACUGACGUGGCUGCCUGGGCGUGUACGUGUUUGUUUGUUUGUUUGUUUGUU